AUGGAAGUUGCCCGCUGCUCUAUUUUUCAUUGCGUUGCAACUCUCUCGUUAAUACUACUUGUCUUAAAUCUUCUAUCUAUCUGCAUCUAUUGUAUUCCAAUCAUCAGUGUUCGACAUCUCCGUACAACGAAUAAUCUAAUAACAGUGAACGUCUGCUUGACAAUGACCUUAUGUAUCCUCUAUUGGGCAGGUUAUUUUUCAUACGAACUCUUUUUUAAGUGCAAUUCAAACUAUAAAUGGACUGUCUCUAUCACCUACAUUCGAACGACUGUUAAUUGCCAGGCAGCCUUUUCCUUAUGUGUCCUAUCGAUUUAUCGGUUUUGUACAAUUGUUUACGGACAUAAACGUUGGUUCAAUAAACGUCGAUCGAUGAUUCUAUCUGUCAUUUCUCAGUGGAUCAUGUGUUUUCUCUUACCAGUACCGAUUUUGUACCUAAAAGUCAAACCAUCUUCCCAAUCAAUAUUUCCCAAAUGGAUCUGGAUUUAUAAUUUAUGCUUGAUUGUCAUUCUCCCGACAACAUUCGUGGCUAUUCUUGAUGGACUUAUUUUCUCCCAUGCUCAUCGUUCAUCAAACCGAGUACAAUCCAAUAUUCUCACAUGUCAUUCUCGACUGAAGAAACGAAAUAAUCACUUGUUGAAACGUAUGUUCUUCAUGUUAAUUGUUUCAAUUAGUGGAUGGGCACCGAUUUAUAUCGUCGCUUAUUUAGCAUCUAUUGAUAUUUUAACUUUGCCUUUAGUCUAUGAAGUUCUCUAUCUGCUUUCGAUUUUGAGUAUUUCGAUUGUGAUUGGAAGUCUCUAUCUCUAUAAUCACUCGUUACGUCGCUUUUUGAAACAUCGAUAUAGAAUUUCGUUUUAG